CUUAAUUCACACUGGGCUGCUGGUGCCUACAGAACUCAGUGUCCAGACUCCAGACAAGCUCUGCAGCCCCCCAAAAGCCUGCACAUCGCCUCCUGCACCCCUCUACCCCCUCACACCUCUGACCAAACACCAUGAAGCUGUGGGUCCUCCUCACCCUGGUCCUCCUCUGGGAGGAGGUGCAGAAUGGGCUCAGCCAGCAGGUGAAGCGCAGGAAGGAGGCCGGGGAGAACCGCAUCAGACCCGGGGGCAAGCGGGGAAAGGUCCGCUUCCCCAAGCUCCGGGAGAAGGAGCUGGCGUCGAAGGGCCAGUCUCUCCUGACGCAGGUGCUGGAUAAGGGCCGCUUCCUCCGGCUGGGGGAGGAGGUGACUCUGACUGCAGGCAAGAGCCUGGAGCUCCGCUGUAAAGGGUCCCAAAUCGAGUGGGCAUAUCCCUCGUACCUGGACACGUACAAGGACUCCCGCCUCAGCAUCGUUCAGCAGGAUAAGUUCAGCCAGCUGAUCCUGACGUCGCCCUCUGCUGCCGACACGGGGGAGUACAGCUGUUGGGCCGUGCUGUGUGACGGUGCUGAGUGUGAGAAGGAUGUAGACCGCAGCUCUGCUUCAUACCUCUACUUCACAGAUAAAGACGAGUUGUUUGUCCCGUCGCCCAUCCACUUUGAGAUCAUCUACCUGCGCCCGGACCAGCCCGCCACCAUCCCCUGUCGAGUGAGCAGCCCCCAGGUCCAAGUGUCCCUGCAUCGGGAGGUACCCCCGGAGGAGGUCUCCAUAGACGGGACCCAGUUCUCCUACAUCCCCACCAAGGGCUUCAUCAUCAGCCAGCCCAGCCCCGAACACAGGGGCGUCUUCUACUGCAAAGCCGUCCUCAAAGACAAGCCGCAGAUCUCCAACAAGUACCAGCUUCUCUACGUGGAAGUCCCCAGUGGCCCCCCCUCAGCCACCAUCAAAGCGUCCUCGUCUGUGGUGAGGGGGGGGGACAAUUUCAACGUCACCUGCACGGUUCUGGGGGAGCCCGAACAGCACGUCAACUUCACUUGGACAUACCCUGGUCAGGGCAUGAGGCCGGUGACUCUCUACGAGGCCUGGAGGCUCGUGCACAGGGGCGCCAGCCACACCACCCGAAUCUCCCAGAGCGUCAUCACCGUGGAGGAUACAGAGACCAUCGACUUCGGGAAAUAUAUCUGCAGAACCAAAAACCAGCAUGGGGAGACGGCAGUGACCGCUAAAGUGGACUCUUACUAGCCGGGCCUCUUCCGUCAUUUCUGGCGAGAACAGACAGGACGACCCUUACGGAAAUGAAACAUACUGCGAUAUAUUUAAACAAAAUAUAUUAUCAAGUGCAGCAAAUAAAAGUAUUGCAACACUUCACAAUAUAUGGGCAAAUUAACUGCUUUCAGGUAUUACAAUACAUUUUGAAACAAAACAUUGUGAAAUAUAUUUAUCAUAUUUACAAUAUAUUGCAGUAUAAUGGGUUUCUAUAAGGGGAAUGGUAACCUGUAGAGACAGGGCCCCCUUCCCUCCCUUCCCUAAGUAUAAUGCUUGCAUUUUAAGCAGCUUGAAGGUAUCAGUACAUUCUAUGUACCGUAGAGAAUGUGGUAACAGUGUAUUCUAUGUACCAUAGAGACUGUGGGCGGGAGAAGCAAUGCAUUGAAAUAAACAUCUCAUUUUUG